AUGAGUGUAUCAUCCUAUGGUGGCAAUUCCUCUCAUAUCAGUCGCUAUUCCUUAACCGAGGAGGAUGAUGAAGGUGAAUAUGACAUAAGUCAUCAUGAAGAACAAAACGAUAGAGUAUCAACAACAAGUAUAAAGAUGAAGAGAUGUGAUUUAAUUGCACAAUUAGAGAGGCUUGGAUAUGAGGAUGUUCCUGAAGACGUUGUUCAGGAAUUCAUUGCAGAACUUAAAACUGAAAAUAUUGAGGUUGAAGAUGAAGACCCUGAAAAUACAACUCAACUCUCUUCAUCUGUUCUUCCUGAAGAUGAUGAAGACGAAGAUGACGAACAAGCCGAAGAAGAUCAGGAAGAGGAGGAAGAGGAAAGCGUGCCAGUGACAGAAAGCGAACAUGACUAUGAAGAAGAUGAACUUAAUACCUAUCUCCCAGAAUAUACUCCAAUCUUAAACAAUAACAACACUGUGGAUGAUGAAGAUGAGGAUGGAAGGGUUCAAAUAAUUAAGAGAACAGCAGUUAAUGAAAGUUUCAAUCAUAUCAAUGAGGAAGACUAUAAUCAUAGUGAUGAUGAAGGUUAUGACACAGCAACAUACUAUGGAAAACACUACUCGUCCUCUAUGAAAGAGGUUGACAUGGCGAGAGAUACAAGUUUUAAUUCUAGUUUCAGUACCAAACCUCAAGCACCUCCUCAAACAAUUAAUAAUAUCCCUUCCCCAAAUGUAUAUAAUUCACCAGCAAGAACAUCAACAAACAACAUGUUUACUUCACCAACUAGGAAUCAUCUCUCAACACCGAAAAAGGUUGAAACAGUUAGCUAUCCAUUCUCUUCACCGAAUAGAAAGAGUCAAGAUCAUGAUGAUUACCAUAGACCAAUAACUUCAAGAGAUGUCACACACCAUGAUCUCCAAACACCAACAUCAAAAGUGAAAUUCAAACCACUUGAGGAAAGUAAUUAUACACCACCUUCUCUUCCUGUUAGUAGACCUAAAUCAGCUCCACUUGUAAAAACACCUAUUAAGGAACCUGUUAUCAAGACACCCAGUAAAUCAGAAUCACCAAAAGACUCUUCACAAACAGGUAAAAAUUCUAGUAUGGUAAGAUCAUCAACGUCUUCGAGUAUUUCCUGUCAGUCAGCAAAACCACUUCCUUUCAAAUCAAAUGUUAAAAAGCCAGUAACCUACCGAAAGAAGGUGAAUGAUCCAGUCAAUAGGUGGAGAGAAAUGAAUGCCAUGUGGAAAAAUGAUCCAUUCCUUAAAAAUCAGCAAUCCCAACAAAAGAAUCAUAGAUGGAGAGUGAGACAGGAAAUGUUAGAAAUCCAAGGAGAUAAGAGUGAUUUCAAUGGGAAAGAAAGUACUUUAUUACUUUAUGAUGAAGAGGAGGAAGAGCUGACAAAUAUUUCUAGUCAAUCCAAACCAACUAAUGGAUAUGAUAUUUUAGCUAUCAUGUUAAAAGAUUAUCAACAUGCUAAUAUUUCUUCCGAGUCAUUAAAUGCUUCUAUUUUGCAUAUUCUAAAGGAUAUCAAGGAAUUUGUGAUUGAAAAAAUUAAUAUAAUUUUGAAUAGUAACAAUAGACGUCAAAAUAUAAAUGUAAACGGGGGAAUAGCAUUUAUUGAACUACUACCAAUAAUGAUUUCAACAUGCCAAAGUCUUUCUGGUCAACUAAGGCUAUCCUCUGGAUUUAAGGAACAGACAGAUGUGGAGGUUAUUAACUUUAUACUUGAAAAACAAUGGAAGGCAGAAUAUUUUAUUAGUUUACUAAAUGUAUUUCUAGAUGUGAAAAUAGAGGAAGAUUCAAAUUUCCAUGUUUGUAUUAUUAGAAAAAUUCAAGCCAUUCCUAAAAGUGUUGAACUCUCUGGCAUGGUCCAAGUAUUAUUGAAAUUAUCAGAGCUAUACAAUAUUCAAAAUUUCACUAAUUUGGAAUAUAUUCAAGUAAUCAAGACAGUCUACUCAAAAUGUGAUAGUAAUCGCGAUGCUAAACUUAAUCUAUAUUUUAUUAUUCAAUCAGCUUUUCAAUAUUCCCUACCUUUACUAACUAUACUCCUCAAAUCGGUUGAGCAAUUUUAUGUUACAAAACCUAACAGUAUUUCAAAAUGCAAUUUUGCAGAGCAUUUUUGUGAUUUUAUGAUGCUCUUACUGGCCUAUAAGAAUGAAUUGGUUAAGGAAAAGGUCUUCUCUCAUAUUAAUCAAUAUAUAUUGUCUCUUCUGAAAAAUGUGGAUCCUAAGGAGCAAAGAUUAUCAGAAAUUCAACCAUUUUUUGCACCCAAGUCAAAAACUACAUCUGGUGGCUCUUCCUCAGACCCACAAGAUGAUACAGAGCUUUUAGAAUUGAGCGAUAUUUCAUAUGUUGAGUCAAUAAUUAAAGCAGCAUGUAGUGUUGAAAUAGUAUCUGAAGAACUACUAUCCAUUUUUGGGGAAUGGUGCAGGAUGAACAACAAGUCACUUGUUGCACUUGGAAAGAGUGGUACAAUUCUCUUAUUUACAGCUUGCGAAAGUAGUAGGAGUACAAUAUUACAAAAAGUUAUUGGAAACAUCGCAGAAGAAUGUCAAGGUCCAUUCCCGAAAGAUACAAACAUUGUCAUAUUGGAGGCAUUACUUGAAGAGGAAAGAGCCUUUGCUUUCUGCACAAUUAUUGAAAGAUUUUACGAUUACUUGUCAACAUUUGAUCAAUAUUCAUAUCAAAUAAGUAGCAGAAUACUUUUAGCUCUGCUUCCAGUGACUGAAAUAUCAGAUUAUGUACGAGGAGAGUUACUUUCCAAGUUGGAAAAGAUGUGCUCAGAAGUAAAGAGAGAAAAUAUAAUGGAGCGAAGGAAAUUGGCAAUAUUUGGGUUAUCGAUGCUCUUAUCUAUACCCAGUUACCAAGAUGAUCAGAUGAGUAUUCUGGUAUCUCUGCAGUAUGCAUUCAAAUUCAAUGAUUUAGAGCUUAAAUCUCACUUGUAUAAGUGUUUGACUAGUUCCCUUUUGGUAUUGAUAGAGGAAAUUUUCCAAGAGAAACAAGAAAUGACAAGGGAAAUUUUAGAACUUUUAGAAAUAUCCUCACUCAUCCAAAAAAUCGAAAAGGAAUCCAAAAAGAAAAAGGAUACACUUUUCACAUUCGAUACAUGCACUCUAUUAUCUGUGGAUUUGGCAGACAAGAUACGUGGAGAACAUGUAGAAUGGAACAAGUCAUGGCUCAUGUCUCUUAUUAAUCUCAUAGACCACACAACUUUUCAUGCUGAAUCUUUAAAAGAAAAACUUAAUGAUAAUUUCCUAAAAAUGAUAACUGUUAAAAGUAUUGAGGAAGUUCAAGUAUUGGGAAAAGUCUCUCAAAAGAGUCUUACUCUUAUUAGGACUAUUCGUUCGCUUUUCACGCUCUUUAUAACUUUAUACAACCAAGAACAGGCAAGGAGGUCAAAAAUUAGACUUGUCAAAUCAUCCUUCUUACAGUCAAUUGAGGACUGCAUUGGUAGAGAUUCGAUAUACCUCAAAAAUAUUUCAUUAGAAACUUCUAUUCUCGAAAGACUGAGAAUUAAAAUCCUCAAUCUGAUGCAAGUUUAUUUUGAGGGUGUCAAGCUGAGCACUAGUGAUUCGUUUGGUAAGAUGAAAUCAUUGGAAAAGUUUAUCAAGUAUGUCUUUAAUGUAAAACAGAUCCAAGAGACUAUAACAUCAAACAUUUCAAUGUUAGAACAUGGAGAUCAUCCACUUGAAAUUGAUAUUUCUGGAGCCAACAGGAGAAGACAAAUUGUGAACGAUUUCACAAUCAAUCCACUUGAUUUUAUAACCUUAACAUUUUACUUUACAAAACUACUAUUUUUAGAUACCUAUAAGACUAGUAGAUCUUGUAGUGCCUUUUUAAAGUUGAUCAAGACAUUAUCAAGUGUUCAUCCAUUGACAAUUUCAAUUGGUAUUUCUAAUGGCAAGAGAGUAAUGAAUGAUGAUGAGGAAGAUAAUGAUGAUGAGGAGGAAGAUAGUGACUCAGAUGAAGAAAUGACUGAUUCAUCUUUAUGCAGUGCAAGAUUGGAUACUGUUUGUGUAUUGAUGGAAAUGCUUGUCAAUGAAGAUUUAUCUUCAAGUGUAACAACACCUAUCAUUAAUCAGACACUCAUGUUUCUGUUGAAUGUUUCAACAGUUGCCAAAUCUUUAGACUAUUGUGCAGAUUCUAUUCAGUCGUGUAUGGUGGCUGCCUUGCCAAAUAGCUCUACUAAUUUGCCUACGCGGUUAAACAUAUCAAACUUGAUGAAGUCUAAAGAUUCUCCAACCAAGACAAUUGUGGUUUCCCUUUCCUACAUUGAACUCAUUGUUGCAAAAAUCAAUCAACAAUUCAAAAAGCAAACACGUUUCACAACUAGUACCAUUUCAAAAGGUUUUGGAUCUUCAUUUUCCCUCUCCUCUAAUCUUUUGAAUGAUGAAAAUUGCCCACUAGCUCUAUUCUCCAAGAUUAGAGAUUGUGUUAUCAAUUCAGUUGAUUUAAUAUUUGCAGAAUCUGAUAAUAUUCAUUUGAAUAGAGAUUUAAUAAUAUCCAAGUUGGAGAAGAUUAUGAUGGGUUUAUGUACCUAUGUAGUGAAUAGCUCAUCAACAUUUAAAAAGAGGAUUAGAAAAUCUCUCGAAAAGGAAAAUAUUGAAAGGUUAGAGAUUGUCUCUGAAAAUUAUAGUUGUAUUUAUGAUACACUUUCUAAGGUUUCAUCAAUUAGAAGUUCUAUUAAUGCCAAAAACAAUACAGAACUUAACCUUACCAAAAACUUUACAAAAUUGGAACAAUUGAUAGAGAAAAUGUGUUUUGAUAUUAGAGACUUGUCCAAAAUAUAUAAGAAAAAGAUGAAAAAAACAAAAGAAUUCCCUACUCUUGAAGUGCUGGAUGAACUGGCUGAUUUUAAACUCAACACUGAAUCAUCAACAGAUAAUAAGAAGAAGAGAAAAAAUAUGUCCUCAUCCAGCCAAUCAAAAAAGAGAAAGAAAUCUCAAACCAGUUCACUGAGAAGUAAGAACAAAUUCAUUGAUUACGCCUUGUGUGUUGAGGAUGAUGCAAAUUACAGUGAUGCCUUUGCUGAUUUGGAGGAUUGGAUUGACGAUUCUGGUUGGUCUCCAUCAAAACAUCCAAAAUCCAAGUAUGCCGACAUUGAAGAAGAUGAUUAAUUCAUUGAUAUUAAUAAUGUGUGAUUGAUAUAAUUCUUCUCACAACAAAUUUGUUGGCCUUCAACAAAACAUUUCAAUAAAUUCCUCUAAACAUUAGAAC